GAUAAAAAGGGGUGGGGGACCGACGCAAGGGACACGGUCCCCCGGUGCGAGGUUUUAAAAGGCCGCUCCCGCCUUAGCAGUCUCAAACCAAGUCUCCGUUAGUGUGAGGUGGUGUUACAGUUCAGACCUAAACAUGAAGUUACAGUGGUUUUCACUGGCUUUGUCGGCGCUUUUGGUGGUAGCAGCGGUCCAGGCCGGCGAGGACCAAUCCUCCAAAUCCGGGCUCACUGGCUUGGUCAGGAGUCUGCUCGGGUCCAGCGGGAGCAGCGGCAAAACCGCCAACAAGCGAGGAAUCGCCUAUGCCACCGCAGAGCCAUGCGCCAACGACAUCAUUAGUGGAGGCUACGUUUCCUCGACACCCAUAACACCCCUCGCCUACCAAUCGUCGUACCACUCGUAUGACUCCCACGCCAGCGGCAUCGGCAUUGGCCACAUCGUAGGACCCUCCGCCUCACCCAUCGCCGUCUACGGAGCCCCUGCUCUGGCUCCCGUCCACACCGCUGCCGUCCACUCCUACAGCCCUCAGGUGUACGUCCAGCCCCACAAGGAAGUCACCAUCACCAAGACGGUGCCAGUCCCAUACCCUGUCCACGUCGAGAAACAGGUCGCUGUGCCAUACCCAGUUGAGAAGCACGUCCCCUACCCGGUCACCGUUGAGAAGCACGUCCCAUACCCAGUCAAGCAAGUCGUCCACGUUGACAGACCCGUCGACCGUCCAUACCCCGUGGAAGUGCCAAAACCAUACCCCGUCGUCGUCGAGAAGAAAGUGCCAUACCCUGUAGAAAAGCACGUUCAGGUGCCCGUCGACCGCCCAUACCCAGUUGAGGUCCCAAGGCCAUACCCAGUUGAGGUCCCAAAGCCCUACCCAGUGGUUGUUGAGAAGAAGGUGCCAUACCCAGUUGAGAAACGCGUCGAGGUUCCCGUCGACCGUCCCUACCCCGUCCAUGUUCCCGUUGAAAAAACCGUCCACGUCCCUGUUGACCGUCCCGUCUACAUCGAGAAGAAAGUCCCAUACCCAGUUGACCGUCCAGUCGACCGUCCCUACCCAGUCUACGUCGAGAAGAAAGUCCCAUACCCAGUAGAGAGGACCGUCCACGUCCCAGUUGACCGCCCAUACCCCGUCCACGUCCCAGUCGAGAAACCAGUGCCUUACCCAGUUGAGAAGCGCGUCGAAGUCAAAGUUCCAGUCGACCGCCCAGUCCCAUACCCCGUCGAAGUCCCAAAACCCUACCCUGUGACCGUUGAGAAGCGCGUGGAAGUCCCAGUCGCCACCCCCGUGCCAUACCCAGUCGAGAAGCCGGUGCCCUACCCAGUGCACGUCCCCGUUGUGAAGCACGUCCCAGUUGACCGCCCAUACCCAGUCCACGUACCUGUUGAGAAGCCAGUGCCAUACCCAGUUGAGAAGCGCGUCCCAUACCCCGUCCAAGUGCCGGUCGACCGUCCUUACCCCGUUGAGGUCCCAAGGCCGUACCCAGUCACCGUUGAGAAGCACAUCCCCGUUGAGAAGCACGUUCCAUACCCGGUCACCGUUGAGAAGCAUGUGCCAUACCCAGUUGCUCAGCCAGUCCCAUACCCAGUUGUCCACAAGGAGAUCCACCCCGUGGCUGUUUCCACCCCUGCCCCUUACGUGGCUGUCUCAACCCCUGCCCCGUACGUCGCCGUCUCAUCUCAUGCUCCCGCCUCAUACGGCGUCCACAUCUCAUCUACCCCAGCUGUGCCCCUCGCUGCUGACUGUGAUUACCCCAACGGCGUCCACGCCACCAUCAAAUCCCACGGUUCCAACGUAUGGUAAUUCCGACCACCGUACAAACGACGAUUAAUUUAAGGUUCUCAUGUGCAAUUUUAGUAAUGUAUUUCGGCAUUCCAGCCGCGUCUCAUUGUAGUAUUUUCACAACUUCAGACCGAAAAAGUCGAAAAAGAAAAUGAAAAAAUCGAAUUUCUUUGGAAUCCAAAAUAAUAUUUGUGCAUGCAACAAAUAAUUGCACUGCAACUGUACGUUAAAACCUGCCAUAAAAAUCAUUUGUGCAAACUAUCUGUUAGUAAUUACUUAUGUAAUGAAAUCCGACUGCCUUGAACACUGUCACAUCGCUCAAAGAGAUUAUGCAAGUCUCCUAGAUUCGUUAAGAAUUUGGAAAGUCAAAAUUUACAUGAGUUUUCACGAGCAAACUUUCUGAAUAAAAAAACAAUGUUGCUUUAGUCGUAUCUCAUAGAUAUGAACUUAAACGCAGAAGCUCAGGUUUGAAUUUAAUCGAAGUUACGAUUAUAUUCAUUUUUAAACUUAAAAGAUUACCUACGAAGAAAAUGGCUAAAAUGAACCUAUUUAAUUCGGCUGAUUAAAACUAUGGAAUGGAUUUAAUUUUUCAAUCUGUGUGUUUGUAAUGUCCAUGAAAAGUUACCAUCCAAAUAUAGCUUAAGAGAGAAAGGAACCAGGAGCCUAACAUUAGUUUCAUUUCUUGAUAAAGUUAAAAGAAGUUACCUACCACCUCACUCUCUUUUUCAAAAUAAAAAAGAUGAAUUAAAAAUAUAGAUAGGUCUCAAUUUAAUAUAGAUUCUCAAAUACCGAUGAAUCCAUAUUGAAAGUCACUGUUCCUAGUCCUUAUAUUUAAAACGCACAAAUUCCAGAAAGAAUGUGUUGAGUUAAAAGCAGAAAAAAGGCAAAAGUGGAACGAACGUAGACUGUGUGAUAUACGGUUUAGAUUAAGAUGCCGUCAAUUCUUCGCAAUCAGAGAUUGCCAGAUUUCUAGAGUUGUAUUGUGAUUUUGUAAUUUUAUUUGUCAUUGAUCUUUUUUUUUCUUUUAUACCAAAAUGUGUAAAUAAAGCGAGUCUCUCGAGCGAAU